AGUGUCUCAGCUCUGUGCCUCACCUCUCUGCUUUUACUGUCUCGGGGGACGGCAGCCAGUCAUGACCACCAAGUCCUCGCUUAACGGGAGCGCUGACCACCUGAAAUACGGGGAGGCUCAGGAGAUCCCACCUCUGAGGAACUAUCUCUGUCUCACCAUGUUCACCUGUUUCUGCCCUGCAUGGCCCAUCAAUAUUGUGGCGUUGGUUUUCUCUUUGCUGUCCCAAAAGAGCUACGACGAAGAGGACUACGAUGGCUCCAAGCGUCUGGGUCGGAAAGCUCUCCACCUCGGGAUCAUUUCCUUUGUCAUUGGCUUUGUGAUCAUCACUGCCUACACCGUUGUACACUUUACCACGCAUGUGGUGUGACCUCUUGAGGAGGAAGAGGAGGUGGAAGUGGAGAAGAGGUGCUGGAGAGAUCAGCUCCACGGGAUGCAAAGGAGCUCUGCUUGGCUUCUGUCAUCAACAGCUCUGGAGGUUGUGCAAGAGCUGGCAGAGACUUACUGUACUGCUGGAGACAUCUUUGUUUCAGCUGUUGUGUAAAUGAUAUCGCAAGGACACUUUUUACAGUUUUUGUAAGUGUAAGGUGAAAGGAAUGAUUAUGCACAGGACCCUACCAGCACUUCCACUGAUGAAACGUGGUGCUGCUCUGUAACUAAAGACCUAUAAUGGACUGUGUCACAUUUCCAUUAUAUCUUAUUGAUUACUGUACCUAUUGAUAACUGAUUACUGUGAUUUAAUAUUGGCACAUCGAACUGCUCUCCUUAACAAGUUGUCGGCAUAAAAAUGUCAAAUUAAAAGUUUUAUGUUAAACAAAGUUCUGCUAAGCUGACCAAACUGUGUAUUUCCAACACUGACACAAUCAAUAUUUCUGCAAUAUAAUAACAUCCAGUAUUGGUAGAAGCAAUAGUAUGAUAAAGCUACAAUAUGGGAACAUACUCCCCAAUAGUAGUGGGUGGCUUUCAUGAUACCCUCUCUGCUUGACCAACUGGCCACAGUUCCCGCCUAUCUUUGACACCUGUUGCAGUUUAAUGAGUCUGAGGGAUCAUGUACCCUGAUAUGUAAUAUUAUCACAGUUACAACGCUAAAAAUAAGAUAAUAUAAUCUUCAGGCUGUGCUGUGAUUCAGCACACCAAUUACAGAGAAAAUAAAAGUUUAAUUGGCGACUUAUCAAGGCAUUAAGUUUAACCCCAUAAUCCUGAAAGCAUCUGCGCUAAAAGGGUCUGAUCCAUCUUUUCAUCUGUUAUUGUUGUGGUCAGUACCUGAAAACUAGCCUGGACAAAUUUGCAAGCUCAUGUUUUAUUUUUUGCUCUGGCAGAUGUAUCUCAACUUGUGGAACCUUCACGUUUUAGGGCACUGUCACACAUGAUAAAAGGCAACGGUGAAUAUUUGCCUGCUGUAUCAGCAAUGGGGCAAGUAAGACAUUCUCUACCGGUGGCAAAGCAAAUGUCCAUCUUUGCAAUGCAUGGAGUUCAACUAGGUGAACUCUGAACGGCCAAGAAGCAGUCUUCACCAAUAGCAAAAAGUGCACCCUGCCUCUCUGGUGGAUACCCACAUGUUUAAUGUUUAAAACAGUCCAUAAAUGUAUAUGGUACCAGAAUACUUUUGCCCAAAAACUGAUGGUCACCCUUUUAGGUUGCACUGUGAACUGCAUCCAUCUGUCUGGAACACUCGUGUGAAAGAAGGAACAGACCUGUCAACUGAUUACCACCUGCGAGUGAGCUGGAUGAAACAACAGGGAAAGCUGUUAGAUGACUGUGGUAAAGCCCAAAAAAUUUAGAAAGGAUAAACUGUAAGCGUCAAGCAGAGAACGCUUCCUGCCAAACCAUCAGCUGUCACCAGAUGAACUUUUUUUUUUGCAUUCUGGGAAAGGCUCAGUACAGAGAAUCAGACAUUCAAAGUCUCCUUUGCUGGGGUUGUUGCUUGGAGUUGUGGCCCGAAGGUCACCACCGCAACUCAAGAACUUGAAGAUGGACACCAGCUGAAGAAGCACAUCUCCUUGGCUUUAUUUGGGACUUAAAAAAAACUUAAAAAAAACUUCUAGACUGGUUGCAUUAACAUCCAUAGUGAUGAAGGCACUUGAACGCAUCAUGGUAUGGAAUCUAUGAGGUGCUGCACAUCUCUUAGACCCCUACCAAUCUGUGUACAAGGAUGAAAAUCACACCUUGAAAAUCCCAUCA